AUGGACGAGUACAUUUUCAACGUGGACAACGGCUACCUGGAGGGCCUUGUGAGGGGUUUCCGCUCUGGGAUCCUCGCUAGAGGCGACUAUCUCAACCUCGUCCAGUGCGAGACCGUAGAAGACCUGAAGGUGCAACUGCAGGCGACGGACUACGGAAACUUCCUGCAGAACGAGCCGAGUCCAGUCCCCGUGGCCGUGAUAGACGAGAAACUGAGGGGGCAUCUUGUGGUGGAGUUCCAACACAUUCGGAACCACUCAGUCCCGCCUCUCAGCACUUUUCUGGACUAUGUCACGUACAGCUACAUGAUAGACAACAUCAUCCUCCUCAUCACCGGUACCCUCCACCAGAGACAGAUCGGGGAGCUCCGCAGCAAGUGCCACCCUCUGGGGAGCUUCGAGGAGAUGGAGUCUGUCAACAUUGCCAACACACCGGCCGAACUCUACAGCGCCGUCCUUGUUGACACACCUCUGGGUCCGUACUUCAAGACUUGUAUAUCUCAGACAGACCUGGACGAGCUGAACAUCGAGAUCAUCAGAAACGCACUCUACAAGGCGUAUCUGGAGGACUUUUAUAAGUUCUGUCAGGACAUUGGAGGCACCACUGCUGAAGUGAUGGGAGAAAUUCUCCAGUUCGAAGCAGACAGGAGGGCGUUCAUAAUCACCAUUAACUCCUUUGGUACGGAGCUGACGAUGGACGACAGGGAGAAGCUGUACCCGACAUGCGGUCGACUCCACCCCGAAGGGCUGGCUCGACUCGCCAAGUGCGAGGACUACGACCACGUCAAGGCUGUUGCUGACUUCUAUCCUGAGUACUCCGCGGUGUUUGCAGGGGCAGGUACUAAUCCUGGCGAAAAGACUCUGGAGGACAAGUUCUUUGAGAAAGAGGUGGAGAUUACGUGACGGUCGUUCAUGCAGCAGUUCCAUUCGGCGUUGUUCUACAUCGUACGCGACACUGAAGGAGCAGGAGGACGAAACAUCAGUCUGGAUUGCCGAGUGCAUCGCGAGAGAGCACAGAUCAAAGAUCGGACACCUACAUCCCCAUAUCUAGCCUCGACGUCAUCCAUGGAGCCCCGCCACUUCUAGAGUUUGUGUGUGUCUAGUAUUGGGAUUUCUUGAGGAGACAGUUCGAGCGUUUGUUUUUGUCAGGGUGUAUUAUACUAUAUAAUAUUCAGUAUGUGUUAUGAUGUGGUGAGUUCGUGAUGAAUGAGUGGUGACACAGGAAAAGAAAACUACAUCCGACGUUUUACACGGG